GCGAGCCGCCAGUCGCUCCGCUGCACUCGUGACGCGUGGACGUCCGCGCUCGACGAUCGAAUUGAAACGAAUUAUAAAAAAAAAAAAACUAAAAACAAACGCAAUGUUUUAAGUAGUAUGGUGACAUCCUUGUUAUCAUCUCAUCGAAGGCGCCAUUUUGUUUGAACAGCUGUUCGUUUGGAGGUUAUACUGUUGGACUGUUAUGCUAUAGUGAUAUUAGAUAGUGUAUUGUGACUGGUGCCAAAUUGGAAUAUUAUACAGUCAAGAUGGCGUCCGUUAAAUUUUUCCUGUGCUUAAGUUUGAUUCACGCGGCUCUGGGUAAAGGUUCAGAGUCUCAAAUCGAAUGCACGCCCGAAGUUAUGAGGGUCACCGUACCCAUGGAUGGUGACAGGCAGAUCUCGUAUUUGGACCAAUUAAAAGAUUACCAGCCCUGCAAACCGGUGCUGGACGAUGGGAAGGCGACAUUCAUGUUAGACCUUCAGGAUCCGCACAAAUGUGGAGUCACCAGAGUGCUUAAUAAAAUUACAGGUAAACGCACAUUCUACCACAAAAUCGUGAUAGAAGACGCCAUCGGUGGUAGAGAGACGGUGACAGUUAGGUGCGUGGUUGCGAACAAACUGCGCGCCAUCUCGCGUAGAGCUGCUGAGGGAUUCCCCCUGGACUUCAAUGAGCCAGAUGUCCUGAACAUCACACGAUACGAAGAAGGCCAUGCCCCUGAACCAGUUCUGGGUGCUAUUGUGAAGGAGAAUGGUAAACAAGUCUCCGGAGAGAUCUCGGUAAGUCCAGGCACUCCGUUGUCCAUGGAGAUCUUCCUGGACGAGAUGUCAGCGCCGGUUUACGGACUACUCGUCAGUUAUAUGCACGUGACAGAUACUGGAAAACAACAGGAGACUAUAAUACUGAAUGGCUGUUCAGUGGAUCCCUACCUCUUCGAUAACUUCGUGACCACUGACGGUGAUCUGCUCGCAGCUAAGUUCAGAGCCUUCAAGUUUCCUGACACCACUUACGUGCAAUUCAAAGGGACAGUCAGCGUAUGCCUUGAUAAAUGCCAAGGAGUGCAAUGCACGAACGGCGCAACCGGCUACGGCAGGAGACGGAGGUCCAUCUCAUCAGACAGUAUCUCCAACAAAGUGUAUGAAGUCUCCCUCACCACCUUCAUCAAGGUGGACUCCAACGGUGGGGAGAAGGAGGCUGAGGACUUCCUCACCCACCUGAAGAACCUGAAGAUCGCGAACCAGCUACUGGGAGAUCAGGACGGCACACCGGCAAGCAUCUCCGAGUGGUCGCAGGACAAAAAAACGCUGUCCCAAGACCCGCCAUCAGUUCCAGCGCUUUCCAGCGCUAACGUAUUCAAUUUACAUUGUACCCUACUAGCUUUAAGUGUACUGCUGACAUUUUUCAAAUAACUAACAAUUUUUGUGUUUUAAUAAAAAGAUCUCGUAAUUUUGUACAACCAACUUGGAUUGUCUGCAACUUGAAGUGAAACAUAAGCUGACGGCCUGCUUGAUGGGAAAUGGGCUAAUUUGACAAUUAGCUGACAAAAUGUUGUCCCGUUUUUGAGGCGCGCUGCUCUAUCUACCUACAUCUACACUAAUAUUAUAAAGAGGAAAGAUUUGUAUUUUUGUGUGUAUGUAUGUUUGUAGUGAAUAAACUCAAAAACUCCUUUGCUAAUUUCAAAAAUUCUUUCACCAUUAGAAAGCUACAUUCACCCUGAGUAACAUAGGCUUUAUUUACGGCUAGAAAAGAUUAGGGAUCCUUACUAAAACUUUAGUAACGUAACUCAAGGUGUGAAUACAAUGCUAUAAAAUAUCUUUGGUCGCGUGCGCUGCGGAAACUAUUGGUGAUAGAACAAAAGUAUGUUCUUCAAUAUUGAAGAAAAUAUCAAUAACUACAAAAAACUUCGUGAUACUGUUUGUUCAACUAUUAUCGUUAUGUCACAAUAACCGCUUUUUAAAAUGCUGUAAUAAUGUCCACCCGUGCGAAACCGGGACAGGCCGCUAGUAUAAUCUAAAAUAUGAAUAUAUAAAAAAAUAUAUCAAAGUGGUGUUAAAAACUUUUCUAUAGAAUACAGGUACUUAGCAGUAAGCGUUUAUAGGCAACGUUAACCGGUUGCUAUCAGGCGGGACGCAUGUCUGAUUGUCGAAUUGUUGACAAUCGUUGUAUAAUAAAAUUCAAUCUAUACCAGCUUUGGUCUUAAAGCUUGGCUAUUAAACCUAACGCAGAAUUUCACUUCAUAAAAAUUAUAUUAUUAUUAAAUUUAUUCCAAGUUGAAUGUACUUGAUGAAACUCGGAAGUUCCACUCAGAAAUUGAGUGGAUUGUCCGACUUUUUUAAUUGGGUCUGAAGGUUUCUAUAAAAUACGAAGCAUUGAAAAUACCGGACAAUGAAGUAAUUGUCAAAUCAAGCAUAACAAAUUCGCAAUACCGUAUAAUUAAAAAUAGAAAUAAAAAAAAAAACAUAUUCUUUUCAUAAUUUUAAAUAUGGUAUUCUAUUUUAAAGUUCGAAUACUAAGAAAAAAACAAAAAAAAAUAGUUGAUUUGACAAUAGCUCAUCUUUUUUCUACAUAAAUUACUUGAAUAUUGUCCAUUUUCAACUUUUUUUUUUACAAAUUUACCGUCCUUUUUCGAUCUUAUUUUUAGUAUGUAAGGAAAAGUGAUUUUAUUAAAGUAACCUUAGUUUAAGCGAUUAAUAAUAGAUAAGAGCUAUAACUAUGAUCUUGACCCGUCUUAAUAACUGCUUAAAAUAUAACUGUAAAUAUUUACAAUGCGCACUAUGUGUUUGCAAAUAUUAUGUAAGUACCUACCUAUGUACGAAUGAUUUAUGUAUUUAAAAAAAAAAUAAUGCCUUUGUUAUCAAUAUAUACGCCUUUUCAUUACUAAUAAAAAAAAAGAGAGCUAAGAACUGAAGUCGAAUGGAUAAAGUAUUUUACGAAAUCAAAUUAAAAAUGUUCAACUAAAGAAUAAAACUGUCUAAAAAUUCACUAAUUAAAUUUAAAUUAGACAUUGAAAUAAACAAAAUAAAUAAUAAGAAAGUGCAAACAUUAAUAUCGUUCGAUUAUCUGUAACAUCUAAAUCAAAACUGAAUACUAGGCAGCGUGGUCAUUGUUCUUAGCCUGUUCCUUACACUAAACCUAAAAAAAAUAUAGGUAGGUGGAAAAAUAUAGAAUUUGCAAACACAUUUUAGUCAAACCAUAAAUACAAUACAGAUUAUGGAACAAUUUUUCGCAACACAACAAUAAUAACAAGAGAAAAAUAUAGACCAACUCAAAUGUUUCCCGCCAAAACUUUUUUUUUUAUACGUAAGUAUUAUAAGAAAUUGACCGUGUAUUACGUAUUAACUUUUUUUUUAUUUUAAACCUAGUUAGUAUCUAGAUUUAGUGACACAAAAAGUAUGUGUUAAAUUAUUAAAACAAUAAAUGUACCAAUCUAUUUAAUUUUUUUUUCCGAUAUAAAUCAGGAAUAAAUAAGAUAUAUUUACGCGUUUUAAAAUCACUAGUCUUAUUAAUAAUUCAUAUAGAAGCCAGGGUUACUACAUUUUUGUUUUUAAUUUACUUGAGUACUUACUAGUUUUUUCUUUAAAGUACCUAUGAAAUUAUUUUAUUAAUAAAUUAACUUUUUAAAUUAUUGAAUAUUCAAGCAUGAAUCUUGGCUUAUCUGAUUAAAACUGUACUUAGAUAUUUAUUGAAAUAUGAGUUUUAACCUAACAAAAUUGGCAACAAUUAUGGCCCAGCUGGAUAUGCAUAUUGUAAUAAUGUAGAUAUAGCUAUUUACACUUCCCAGGUUGUAAUUAUUCGUUAUAUUGAUGUCCAUUUUUAGUCAUUCUCGACGUAAGAGACUUGUCGUAACCUCACAGUGUUACAAUACGACGUAUUUCUGACCUAUCCAAGACGUCUGUCGUCUUUACGGUUAACCCUAAAGUCAGUGUGAGGUACGUAUUCUGCGAAUAUUGUACCAACAAUAAAAUGACGUAAAAAUUACGCCUUAUUUGAGUCGCAGACGUCACCUUGCUACCUAGAUGGUAUUUUAUAUGUAUGUACUUAAGAUAUAAAUAUAUUAUAAUGUAUUUACAAUAUUUUUUGUCUGAAUUUAUGAUUUAUUUAAACUGCCACCUAAAAAUUGUAGUUGAUAAAUUUAAUACAUUAAUUACCUAACGCUGAAUGCUGAGAAAUACUGAGAAUUUUUUUUUACUAAAAUAUUAAAUUGCAAAGAUAAUAAAUAAAAAACAUAAAUUUAAUAAAAAAAAAAUAUACCAAACUAAA